GUCAUAUAUCAAAAGCGGAUGCGUAUAUUCAUUUCCGAGUCGCAUUCGCAAGUUGAUGCAAAACGGUGAGGGAGGACAUGAAAGAAGGGACUGAACAAGAACAACAGCAAACAACUAUGGACAAGCUGCAAAAGAUCGCAUGCGCAAAUAAUAAUAAUAAUAAUAAUAAUCAUAAUCAUAAUCAUAAUCACAAUCAUGGUCAUAAUAAAAUCGCGGGGCUAACAGACAAGACUCGGCUGAUCGCCAUCGCCGAGCCAGGAUCAAUGGUCAUAAGAACAGAGGCAAUGGACACGAAAUAUCAAGAACAUUACAAACAGGUAGCGUCGGUGAAGGUAGGCUGGAAUGUGCGGGAAUGUCGGGCGGGUAGAUCAGCAUGCCCUGCCCCCUCACGGAACGAAGGAAAUGGCGGUACAUCGUGGGGGGGGGUGCUCUCAAACAAGGCGCAUCUGAGACCCAUGGAAUAGCUCGAGAUUCUCCCAGCCGGGUCACAUCGAGACCGGCGAGAGAAGCCAAGCAGAUCCGCCCGGGAAAAGAAGAGAAACGCAAGCGGGUUGGUUCCCAGCCAAGAACCGAGCAACGAGGAUCGACAUGCUUGUCGCAGUAUCGGGGGAAGGAAAGCGGAAUGAAGGGAAUGGAAUGGAAUGGAAGGGGAGUGAAGGGCAUCGGGAGCCAUUGGCAUGCACAACAGGCAGAGAGUGACCGUGACCGAUCAGUCCAGCAGCACGUUCUCGAGGAACGACUGCUUCAGGGUCCUGAAGGCCACCAGGUUCUCGGGCGGAAGCUCGAGCUCGUUCUGGGCAAGGAACUUGAUGGCGGUCUGGACACGGAUGCACUCGAGCUUCUUCUCCUGGAUUUCGUUCUGGCGAGCGAGCGAGUCCGAGAUGCGCUCAAGGAUGGCCAGGCGCUGGUUCAGGGUGUGGAUCGGGAAGAGGGCGGGAUCGUUGGAGGGCCGGGCGUUCUUGAGGAGCAGAGCAGCCUUGCCCUUCUCGGACAGGCGCUUGUCGGAUCGCUUCAUGCGCUUGGCGCCGGGGGUGUUUGGAGGAGCGUUGGGGUCGUUGGGGUCGCUGCGGGCCCGCUUCUUUUCGAUCUCGGCCAGCUCUUCUUCGAUGUGAUCGGCCUGGAACUCAUCGAGCUCGCCCAGGACCUCGAUGCAGUUUUCGUGCAUGAAGGGCGGGUUGCCGUAGGUCUGCAGAUAGAGCUGCUUGACGGUCUCCAUCACUUGUUCGGGCGACUCGGUCAUGGGAUGGUGCUGGUCGUAUUGGUGGUGCAGCUUGAGGAAGCGCAGGACAUCGGUCUUGAUGGAAAGGAACUUGAUACGCAGGGCAUCGGGGGUGCGGAGCGAGUUGGGAUAGGACUCUUCGUACUUGCGGUGGACGGAGGCCCAGAAGUUCUUUGGGACGGUCGGGGCCUGCUUGGUGUCUGCGUAGGCAAAGGCGAGCUGCAGGCACUGCUCGUCGUUCCAGGGAUGGCUGCGAGCAGGCUUGGUUGGGGUGGCCGAGGCGGCCAGGUCCUUUUGGACGACGACGACGGGGGUGGUCAUGGCGAGAGGAGCGAGGGGGAGCGAGAGGGGCGACGAGAAAGACAGGGAGAUGGAGGGCCAACGAAAGAGAGGCAAAAGUGGG